AUGCAGAUCCUCACGACCGUGCUCACGGCCCUCAUGGCCACCGCCUUCGCCGCCACGAUCCCCAACACCGGCGACGGCGCCAACGCAGCCGGCGGCAUCCAGAUCGACUGCUACAAGAAGUGCAACGACUACUACAACAACUGCCUGACUAGCUGCAUCCUCGGCUUCCCCUGCCUCGACAUCUGCGAACAUGCUACCUGCCGUCAGGAUGGCUGCCUCGCCUGCUAUGACCGCUGCGGCUAG